AUUUUUUAAAGACUUUGCUUUCUCUUAGAAGACUUUUUGUUCCCACGAGAAACUUUAAGUUUCAUCACCAUGUUCCCUUAGGCACCAAACUGUCUUGCAGUAGGCCUUUUCUCACAGCAAAAGUAGUUUAAUUGGUGGCUUGAAGACGUAUUUUCGUCUAAUCCUGAGUACGGGAGUAUUUAAACAGCCUCUGGGGGAAAGGCAUGGCUAGUCCAGAAACAGGGAAACAAGCUUGGCUGUCUCACUCACUCCCUCAAACAAUCACACACAUCUACCUGGGCACCAUGAUCUUCCUAAUGGAUUUACAAAUGAUGCUGCUGGACGUAGUGUACUUCAUCCUGCGCUCUUGUCUGCGGAUCGUGCUGAGACCACGUACGAAGCCCAUAGACGGCGAGUUGGUGCUAAUAACCGGCUCUGGAGGAGCGCUGGGCCGCCUGUUCGCCCUGGAGUUCUCGAAACACGGUGCAGAAGUGGUGCUGUGGGACUUCAACAGAGAAACUAAUGAGGAGACAGCCAAGAUGGUGAGGGCGCAAGGGGGCCAGGCACACGCGUACACGGUGGACGUGACAAACCGGGAAGAAGUGUACCGCACUGCCGACCAGGUACGGAAGGAGGUGGGAAGGGAUGUGACCUACUUGGUGAACAAUGCCGGGGUGGUGGCCGGUGAGAGACUCCUGGACUGUCCCGAUACCAUGGUGGAGAGGACACUGAAAGUAAACUGCCACGCCCUCUUCUGGACUGUGAAGGCGUUCCUCCCUCAGAUGAAGGCCAAAAAUCAUGGCCACAUCAUCACUAUAGCCAGUGUCCUUGGACUCUUCAGCACAGCCUGUGUAGAGGAUUACUGUGCCAGUAAGUUUGCUGCGGUGGGGUUUCAUGAGUCUCUGGCCCACGAACUGCUGACAGAAGAGGACGUGGAUGGAGUGAAGACCACUCUUGUGUGCCCUUAUGUUGUGGACACUGGCAUGUUUGACGGCUGCAGGAUUAGGGAAGAGGUUGAACUGAUUCUGCCUCCACUGGAGCCCUUGUACUGUGUACAGCAGGCUAUGAAUGCCAUUCUCAUAGACCAGCCACUAGUGUGCAUCCCCAGACUAACCUACCUGCCCUUCCUGGCCAGAGCCCUGUUGCCAUGGGAAUCCAAUGUGGCGACAUACCGCUUUAUGGGUUCAGACCAGUGCAUGUACCCGUUCAUUGAGACCAUGAGGAAGAAAAGAGCAGCCAAUGGCCCAAUAAAGGCUGCUUAAACAUCUGGAACACUGCAGAUUUGACUGGUCUUUUUUGAGCAGCAAAUAAUGUGUGAAAUAUUCUUUUUAAUGUUACUUAGUUUAUAUUAUUAUGGAUGUGUGGGUAAAUCACUGUUUUAUGUGAAAUGGGUAUCUUCUGGUCAUCUAGGCCCAAUUCAGCUGUGAUCUGUUUUUCAGGCUGGCUAAUCAGUCAUGGGUGAGCCGUUCAACAAACACUGAUAUGGUUCACAUCUGAAAUUUGUUUCUUAUGCAACUGGAUUGGGACUGGACUGAGCAAGGUCAUUGGGAAUGAUACCUAUUGAAAUACUAAUAUAUAUAUAUGUAUGUAUGCAAUAGUCAAAUAUAUAUAUAUGUGAACAUUUAACUCAAUGUGUGCAGGUGUUUUUUUCUCCAUGGCUUCCAAUUAUAUUGAAAUCGAUAGCUUGUUGUACUUGAUCAUAAAAACAUAAACAAAAUACAAGUUCCAUAUUCUUUUCACACACUCACGGUCAGCGUUGAAGGUAACACAUUACAAGUAAGAUGAGUUACGUAAUCAGAUUACUUUUUUCAAGUAACUAGUAAAGUAAUGCAAUACUUUUUCAAUU